AUGUCGCUUACUCGUAGCCUACUCAACGACUUCCGUCCCCUCUUCCGCAUGAUCGAAGACCCAUUCUUCUCAUCGCCCUCUGUAUUUCCCCGCUACGCCCGUUCCGACGCCUGGCAGCCAUUCGCUGCCCUUCAACGCCAGGCCGCCGUCGAAGUGACCGAGGAUGGUAACGACGUCGUCGUUCAUGCGGAGAUGCCGGGAGUGAAGAAGGAGAACCUGGACGUGCACCUGUCGAACGACGGGCAGUCCUUGACCAUUGAGGGACACGUCCACCGCAUCUCCCAGGCGUCUGCUACUCCCGCCGCCGAUUCCGCCAACCAGACCACGACCGACAACUCUGCUUCCACUGCCGUCGCCGAGGGCUCCUCACAAGACGUAGUCAAGUCGUCGGACUCGAGCUCCGCCCUAGCGUCGACCUCGGGGCAGUCGGAGUUCCGGUCGUCGUUCACGCGCACGCUCUGGCUUCCUGAGCCGGUAGACGGCAAGCGGGCGUCUGCGCAGCUGAACGACGGGAUCCUGACGCUGAGGAUACCCAAGCGCGAACAUCCUGCUCCCGAGAAAAUCGUCAUAAACUAA